AUGGAGCGGCAAGAAACUCACAGCAACAACAAAAAUGGCGAAACCUCCGCACCAGACACGAAAACAGAUGUUGAAAAGCCUUAUAAUAGCAAAACUUUGGAAGCCCAUGAAUCCCAAUACUUCACUGAAGAUUUUGACAGUACCUGUUCUACUCCUUAUGUUAGUGCACCUUCUAGUCCGGGUCGACCCGGAUCCGGACCCGUUAAUGGUGGGUUCUUUUAUAGUUGUCCGGCAAGUCCAAUGCAUUUUGCGAUAACAUCAUCGGCAGCAUCUUUUGCUUCUUCGCCGGAUAAUACUGUGCCUAUUGGUUAUGAGUUUGAAUUCUCUGCAAGGUUUGGUUCGACCGGGUCGGGUCAACCCGGAUCCAUGAGUUCGGCUGAUGAGCUUUUCCUGAAUGGUCAGAUCCGACCCAUGAGGUUAUCUUCUCAUUUGGAGAGACCCCAAGUGUUAGCUCCUUUGUUGGAUCUUGAAAACGAAGAGGAAGAUGGAGAUAUUAGUAACGAAGAUGAAUUCAAGAAAGGUUCGAGAAAGGUUGAUGAUAAUGGUGAAAGUAUGUCAAGGGGGAGGGAUCUGAGGUUGAAGAACAAAUCAUUACGUAGGAGAACGAGAUCUAUGUCUCCAUUAAGAAGCACAUCUUUUGAAUUUGAAGAUUAUGAAGAAGAAAACAAGAGUGCAAUUGAUGGGUCUAGUACUUCUUUGGAAGUCAAUGGUGAAAGUCUCAAACUUGACGAGGCUACAACUAGUGGUGACGCGAGUACUCCUUCAGUUUCUGCUUCAUCUUCAAGGUCAUCAUCGGCUGGAAGGAACUCAAAAAGAUGGGUUUUUUUGAAAGAUUUUCUCUAUAGAAGCAAGAGUGAAGGGAGGAGCACUAACAAGUUCUGGUCCAACAUUUCCUUUUCACCAGCCAAGGAGAAGAGUAAGCAACAAAGUGGUAGCGUCCAAUUUGGUGUGUCUAAAGAGAAGGCAAGCAACAAGAACAAUGGGUCUAAUGCUGGUGGUGAGAGUCAGAAAGUGAAGGGAAAUAGUGGGCAAGGUUCGUCUUCUUCUUCAGGGAAGAAACCAGUGAAUGGAGUAGGCAAGAGGAGAGUGCCAACAUCACCACAUGAGUUACAUUAUAAGGCAAGUAGAGCACAAGCUGAAGAGAUGAGAAAGAAGACAUUUUUGCCUUAUAGACAAGGUUUGCUUGGGUGUUUGGGUUUCAGUUCAAAAGGAUAUGGAGCCAUGAAUGGAUUUGCAAGAGCUUUGAAUCCAGUUUCAUCCAGGUAA